GAACCAAAAUUCAGUUCCUCUUUUCUCCAGAACGCCGUCGUUUGAGUGACACAGUACAAUUAUCCAGUGGAAUCUGCUCAUGGAUUGCUGCUCCGGUUUAUGUGCCUGCUUUGUCGGAAAAGCCUGCCAGGCACAAGAAGACGACGACGUUUUGGAAUCGUUUGAUCUCUUCUUCGAGUUACAAGCCCUGCAAAUCGCCACCGGCUUCUUCUCCGAUGUCAACAAACUCGGCCACGGCGGCUUCGGCCCGGUUUACAAGGGUUUGCUGCCAAAUGGGGUGGAAGUAGCUGUAAAGAAGCUUUCUUUGGAUUCAAGGCAAGGAGUGAGGGAAUUUACCAAUGAGGUAAAACUGUUACUCAGAGUUCAGCAUAAGAAUUUGGUAAUGUUACUGGGGUGUUGUGUGCAAGGACCUGAGAAGAUGUUGGUUUAUGAGUACCUCCCUAACAAGAGCCUUGAUUUCUUUAUUUUUGAUCGAACUAAAUCUGCAUCUCUGGAUUGGAUGACGAGGUUUAGGAUAAUAGUAGGAGUGGCUAGAGGUCUUCUCUACCUCCAUGAGGAGGCGCCGGAGAGGAUUAUUCAUAGGGAUAUUAAAGCAAGUAAUAUAUUGUUGGAUGAGAAGCUCAAUCCGAAAAUCGCGGAUUUUGGCUUGGCAAGGCUGUUUCCUGGGGAGGACACUCAUCUAGAUACAUUUAGGAUUUCUGGUACUCACGGUUAUAUGGCUCCUGAAUAUGCAUUGCAUGGAUAUUUGUCGGUGAAGACAGAUGUUUUCAGUUAUGGAGUCUUGUUGUUAGAGAUUGUCAGCGGUAGGAGGACGCAUGAUCGGCUGCUUGAAAGAGAAAAGGCAGACCUCUUGAGUUAUACAUGGAUGUUGUAUGAAGCAGGUAAGGCAAUGGAAUUAGUUGAUCCAUCCCUAGCCAAGUACAAUCAUGAUGAGGCAGCAAUGUGCAUUCAGCUAGGGCUUUUAUGUUGUCAGGCAAGUCAUGCCAAUAGGCCUGACAUGAACUCUGUUCAUCUCAUGUUUUCUAGCGAUUCAUUUACUCUCCCCAGACCAGGUAAACCUGGUCUUAUAGGCCGAGGAGGACGGUGGACUACUGCCUCUACUUCGGCGCUAACCACCAAUACCAAUGGUAGCAGUGGAUUCACUGGUCGUACCAAGGCUUCCGGGGGCAGUAGUUUUGUUGAGGAGUACUCCAGAAAUUCAAUUUCUAUUUCUUCUAUUGAUGAAGGUAGGUAG